AUGCAGUACCACUUAUCAGUGUCUGAUUUGCAAUCUGAGAAUACAACCACCUGCUGUCAUCAUUUUGAUCCUUUCCCUCCUUUACUGAGAGGGGCUUUCUUCCCUUUCUCUCCCCUAAUUUGCCCUUUCUAUUCUUUUGGGCUUUCUUUCCCUUCCCUUUCCUACCUUGCUCUUUCCAUUCCUUUGUCCCUUAUCCCGACCCACCUGAGUUUCCUUCCUUUGCUGACAGGGGCUUUCUUCCUUCCUUUCCUACCUUGCUCUUUCCAUUCCUUUGGGCUUUCUUCUUCUUCCCUUUCCUACUUUGCCCUUUCCAUUCCUUUGUCCCUUAUCCCGCCCCACCUGAGAUUUCCUACCUUUGCUGACAGGGGCUUUCUUCCCCUCCCUUUCCUACCUUGCUCUUUCCAUUCCUUUUCUUCCCCACCUGAGAUUUCCUUUGCCUUCCCUUUCCACCUUCCUUUUUCCAUUCCUUGUCCCCCUUAUUCCGACCCACCUGAGAUUUCCUCCUUUGUUGACAGGGGGCUUUCUUCCCCCUUUUGCUCUUUCCAUUCCUUUGUCCCUUUCCUACCUUUUCCUUCUUUCCCUUUCCUGCUUCCUUUGGGCCUUUCCCUUUCCUUUCCUACUUUUUCCAUUCCUUUGUCCCAUUCCUUUGUCCCAGGGCUUUCUUCUUCUUCCCUUUUCUACCCCUUUCCAUUCUUUUUGUCCCAUAUCCCACCCCACCUGAGAUUCCUUCCUUUGCUGACAGGGGCUUUCUUCCCUUCCCUUUCCUUCCUUGCUCUUUCCAUUCCUUUGUCCCUUAUCCCCUUUGCUCACCUUCCCAUUCCCUUUCCUCCUUUGCUCUUUUCCAUUCCUUUGUCCCUUAUUCCUUUUGCUGACAGGGCUUUCUUCCCUUCCCUUUCCCUUUCUUUCCAUUCCUUUGUCCCUUAUCCCGACCCACCUGAUAUUUCCUACCUUUGCUUUUCCCCUUCCUUUGGGCUUCUUCUUCCCUUCUUUUCCAUUCCUUUGUCCCUUAUCCCUGACCCACCUUUCCAUUCCUUUUCUUCUUCCCUUUCUACUAUCCCCCUUAUCCACCUGAGAUUUCCUUCCUUUGCUUUCUUCCCCUUCCUUUCCUACUUUUUCCAUUCCUUCCCUUAUUCUAAUUUCCUUCCUUUGUUGACAGGGGCUUUCCCUUCCCUUUCCUACCUUGCUCUUUCCAUUCCUUUGUCCCUUAUCCCGACCCACCUGAGAUUUCCUUCCUUUGCUGACAGGGGCUUCUUCCCUUCCCUUUCUUUCCAUUCCUUUGUCCUUAUCCCGACUCACCUGAUUUUCCAUUCCUUUGUCCCUUUGUCCCUUAUCCCGACCCACCUGAGAUUUCCUACCUUUGCUGACAGGGGCUUCCCUUCCCUUCUUUCCAUUCCUUUGUCCCUUUCCAUUCCUUUCCUUCCUUUGCUGACAUAUCCCCUUCCCUUUCCUGACCUUGUUUUCCUUCCUUUGCUGACAGGGCUUUCUUCCCCUCCCUUUCCUACCUUGCUCUUUCCAUUCCUUUGUCCCUUAUCCCGACCACCUGAGAUUUCCCUACCAUUGCUGACAGGGCUUUCUUCCCUUCCCUUUCUUACCUUUGGGCUUUCUUCCCCUUCCCUUUCCUACCUUGCUCUUUCCAUUCCUUUGUCCCUUAUCCCGACCCACCUGAGAUUUCCUACCUUUGACAGGGCUUUCUUCCCUUCCUUUUCCUACCUUUUUCCAUUCCUUUGUCCCUUAUCCCUGAUAUUUCCUACCUUUGCUGACAGGGGCUUUCUUCCCUUCCCUUUCUUACCUUGCUCUUUCCAUUCCUUUGGGCUUUCUUCUUCUUCCCUUUCCUACUUUGCCCUUUCCAUUCCUUUGUCCCUUAUCCCGACCCACCUGAGAUUUCUCACCAUUGCUGACAGGGGCUUUCUUCCCUUCCUUUCUUACCUUACUCUUUCCAUUCCUUUGUCCCUUAUCCCGACCCACCUGAGAUUUCCUUCCUUUGCUGACAGGGGCUUUCUUCUUCUUCCCUUUCCUACUUUGCCCUUUCCAUUCCUUUGGCUUUCUUCUUCCCUUUCCCCAUUCCUUUGUCCUUAUCCCGACUCACCUGAAUUUCCUUCCUUUGCUGACAGGGGCUUUCUUCUUCUUCCCCCUACUUUUGCCUUUCCAUCCUUUGGGCUUUCUUCCCCUUCCUUUCCUACCUUGCUCUUUCCAUUCCUUUGUCCCUUUCCCCACCUGAGUUUUCCUUCCUUUGCUGACAGGGGCUUUCUUCCCUUCCCUUUCCUACCUUGCUCUUUCCAUUCCUUUGGACCCACCUUUCCUUCCUUUGCUUUCCCUUUCCUUUCUUUUGCCCUUUCCAUUCCUUUGUCCCUUAUCCCGACCCACCUGAGAUUUCCUUCCUUUGCUGACAGGGGAUUUCUUCUCCUUCCUUUCCCUACUUUUCACUUUCCCUUCUUCUGUUUCUUACCUCCUCCACCUGAGAUUUUUUGCCAAUGCUGA